GCCUCAUCUUUGUCGCUUUUCUUCUUCUCGCCUUAAUUCAUGAGACCUGCAGUGCCAAAGAUAAACAUUAUUGUCCACCUUCUUCUUGUGGAAAUAAUUCGAAUAUUAGCUACCCUUUCAGAUUAAACACAGAUCCGUCUAAUUCCUGCGGAAUGACUGCAGAUCCAGUCUAUACUCUAUUCUGUGAGAACAACCUUACUGUAUUGUACUCUGAUCAAUCAAGAAAAUUCUACGUGAAAGCAAUCAAUUAUGACAAUCAAACAAUUCGAGUAGCUGAUGCUAGUGUUGAGGAAGGGAGCUGCUCCAUACCUCAAUACUCCUGGGGCGCCUCUAACUUCUCAACGUUUUCACAAUAUUAUUCUUAUUAUCCUUAUUAUUAUUAUUUUUAUACAAAUGAUGUUUAUGUUUGGGAGAGCCUGCUUUUCAUAACUUGUCGAAAUCUUGUAAGUGAUCCUCUUUAUGUGGAAGCUCCUGCCUGCAUUAAUGACAGCUCUUUCUCCACACCUUAUAGGCCUAAAUCUGAAGGCAACAGGUAUUAUUAUGUGAAAGUCGGAAGGACAACUGCACUUGAGUUAAAACCCUCAUGCCGUAUUGAGCUAAUGGCACUUACACCUUUCAUACGGGAGAAGAAUUACGAGAACCUCUCCUACCUGGACAUCCACCAUUGGUUAGCAUAUGGAAUUGAGUUGUCGUGGAGGUAUGCUUCAUGUGGAAAGACGGGUUUCCACAUUAAUGAGGAAAACCAGUGUGCUCAUUCUUUCUUUUACGACAAUCCAGUUUACGACUAUUUCAUCAGUACAGUUGGAUCCGUACUUAUAGUUGUUCCUGGAAUUCCAAGUUUCAUCAUAUUUUUAGUUUUCAAAUGGAGGAGAAGGCAUUUAUCCAUGUAUAAUUCUAUUGAAGAAUUCUUGCAAAGUAACAACAACCUCAUGCCUAUAAGGUAUUCUUACUCAAAGAUCAAGAAGAUGACCAAUGGUUUUAAGGAGAAAUUGGGAGAAGGAGGUUUUGGUCAAGUUUACAAAGCAAAGCUUCAGAGUGGUCGCUUUGCAGCAAUAAAGGCGUUGGGCAAAUCCAAAGCUACAGGGCAAGAUUUUUUCAAUGAAGUUGCCACCAUUGGAAGAAUUCACCAUGUCAAUGUGGUACAAAUGAUUGGCUUUUGUGUUGAAGGAUCAAAACGUGCCCUUGUGUAUGACUUCAUGCCAAAUGGGUCUCUUGAUAAACAUAUUUUCUCAAGAGAAGGCAAUACUGCAACUUUGGGUUGGGAAAAUCUAUACAAGAUUUCUCUAGGAGUGGCUUGUGGGAUAGAGUAUUUACACCGAGACUUCCAUGAAUAUACAAUGGAAAUUGAUUAUAAUCACUCAAUGAUCAAAGUUGUGGAUCCUGAUGUUAAUCAAGGUAACUAUUCUUCACUACCUCUCUAUUCCCUUGGCAUUGAUAAGGUCACAACAGACAGCAAUCCAUAUUACUUUCAUCCUGGAAAAGCUCAUCUUUUCCUAAACUGUGGAAAACCAGUAAAUGAUAUUCGCUACGUGGAUGCUUCCUCUUGCAUUGAUGCUACUACUUUGUCCAAGUCUAAAAAGGUAUUAUUAUGCUAAGAUUGGAAGAACAACAGCAUUUGAAUUAGAGAAGUCAUGCCGGAUUGAGCUGAUAGUUCUUUGUUCUUCAAGAGAGAUGAGUGAUAAUAACAUUACCUACCUAGAUCUUCACCAUCAGUUAUCAUAUGGAUUUUGAGCUUUGGUGGUUUCCCUGCCCUUCUAUAUGGAUUGGUACGUAACGAACAUAUGUUGCCCGUUGAUUAAACACAUGCAAAUGUAACUCGCUAAUUUUGGGUCCUUUUUUUAAAAAUGAACUGUAUGCAAAUUC